CGUCGCGGCCAGCGCGGGGCGGGGCGAACCCUGUCCGGCGGAAGGGGCGGGCCGCACUUCCUUGUCGUCCGGUGGGGAGUCACAAAUCACAUUGAGCGAAAAAGCAACCUGUGUUUUCUGCAGUUACAAACAAAAUGAAUAUUCCCAUGCUACUGCAACAUUCUCACCGGCGUUUCCUAAAAGGCCUUUUAAGAACACCUUUCCGUCGCUACCACUUCAUCUUUCACUCAAGUACUCAUCUCGGAUCAGGAAUCCCUUGUGCUCGGCCAUUUAAUUCUCUUGGACUCCAUUGUACAAAAUGGAUGUUGUUGUCAAAUGGUUUAAAGAGAAAAUUAUGUGUACAAACAACCUUAAAGGAACACACAGAAGAACUUUCUGAUAAAGAACAAAGAUUUGUGGAUAAACUUUAUACCGGUUUAAUCCAAGGGCACAGGGCCUGCUUAGCAGAGGCCAUAACUCUUAUAGAAUCAACACACAAGAGGAAAAAAGAGUUAGCCCAGGUGCUUCUUCAGAAAGUAUUAGUCUACCACAGAGAACAAGAACAAAUAAAUAAAGGAAAACCACUAGCAUUUCGAGUGGGAUUGUCUGGGCCCCCUGGUGCUGGAAAAUCAACCUUUAUAGAGUAUUUUGGAAAAAUGCUUACUGAGAGAGGGCACAAAUUAUCUGUGCUAGCUGUGGACCCUUCUUCUUGUACUAGUGGUGGAUCACUCUUAGGUGAUAAAACCCGAAUGACUGAGUUAUCAAGAGAUAUGAAUGCAUACAUCAGGCCAUCUCCUACCAGCGGUACUUUAGGAGGUGUGACAAGGACCACAAAUGAAGCUAUUCUGUUGUGUGAAGGAGGGGGAUAUGACAUCAUUCUUAUUGAAACCGUAGGUGUGGGCCAGUCGGAGUUUGCUGUUGCAGAUAUGGUUGACAUGUUUGUUUUACUACUGCCACCAGCAGGAGGAGAUGAAUUGCAGGGUAUCAAAAGAGGUAUAAUUGAGAUGGCAGACCUGGUGGCUAUAACGAAAUCUGAUGGAGACUUGAUUGUGCCAGCUCGAAGGAUACAGGCUGAGUAUGUGAGUGCACUGAAGUUACUCCGCAAACGCUCAGAAGUCUGGAGACCAAAGGUAAUUCGUAUCUCCGCCAGAAGCGGAGAGGGCAUCACUGAAAUGUGGGAUAAGAUGAGAGAGUUCCAGGACCUCAUGCUCGCCAGUGGGGAGCUGAUGGCCAAGCGGCAGAGGCAGCAGAAAGUUUGGAUGUGGAAUCUCAUUCAGGAAAGCGUGUUAGAACAUUUCAGGACCCAUCCCACCGUCCAGGAACAGAUUCCUGUUCUGGAAAAAAAGGUUCUCAGUGGGGCCCUGUCCCCAGGACUAGCAGCAGAUGUGUUGUUGAAAACUUUUAAAAGCGGAGGCUAAGGAAAUUUAUCCUAUGCAAUGAUUUUAUAUAUCAUUUCAUAAAGUAUUUUAAUAUUAAAAGUCACUUGAAUGCUUA